UAACUCGAAAAAUAGCAAAAAUUUGUUGUUAACUUCUGUCAUAUUCACUACAUUUUUCAAAGACGUUCAUUGUACACAUGCCGGCAGAAAUGUUUACUUAAAGCUGUCAGCGACAGCCGCUACGUUACAGGGUUUGUUGUAUGACAAAUAGAAUGACGUUUCACUCACAACAUGAUGUUUACACAUGGCUUAGAAACUUAUAGAGUAUUAGCAUAAACACAAGAUAAUUACGUCUUAACGAUCCGAAAGCCAAAAGGACAUGCCGAGUUCGUUUUUGUUUGCAAUUAACAAUGAGGGACGCGUAUUUCGCUUGUCCACAAGUGGUACUACAUGGAGAGAGUUUGUUUACUUGGGACUGGAGUUCAAACAUCUUUCAGCUGUCCCACAUUUCAUGUGGGCUGUUGGAGGCGAUCGUCAGAUUUAUGUUCACGUUCAUGGUUUGGAUAUACCCAUACGAAUUAAAGAAGAAUCAUACCAAAAUGAGAGGUGGCUUCCUGUGGAAGGUUUUACUAGCCGCUUGCUUCCAACAGAUAGAUAUCACUUCUCAAAUCAAGAGGGUUCCGUUGAUAGAAGUUUUGAUAAGAUUAGGUUACCAUCAAUGGCAUGGCAGUGGGAGGGUGACUGGCACAUUGAGACCACACUGGAUGGCCAACCAUUGGAUGAUGAUGGCUGGACAUAUGCAGUUGACUUUCCGGCAAAUUUCCAUGCAAAGAAACAAUGGAAAUCCUGUGUUAGACGUAGAAAAUGGGUGAGGUAUCGACGAUAUAGUGCAAUGAACUCUUGGUGUGCUGUUGCUCCACUGCAUAAAGAUCCCACUCAGGAACCAUUCAUAGAUGUUUCAGUAGGAGGUCAAAAUGUUCCUGGAGCAGCAGCAGGAAAUCUUCUCGUUUGGGCAAUCACAGCACAUGGACGAGGCUUGCAGGUCAUGUUUCGCACCGGUGUGAGCACUACAGCUCCUGAAGGACAACGAUGGACUGCAAUACCUGUUCCCCCAGGAUGUGAAGUGAACCAGAUUAGUGUUGGACCUACCGGCCUUGUAUGGGCAGUCCUUUGGAAUGGGAGAGCUCUUGUAAGAGCUGGUGUCACUAGAGAGAACACUACAGGUGAAUUCUGGAUUGAAGUGGCUCCACCAGAGGAAGGGAAACUUUCUCAAGUGUCUGUUGGCACAAGUGCUGUUUGGGCUGUAACAAGAGAUCAUCGUGUUUGGUUUCGCAAAGGCAUUAGAGGAGAAAGCUGUGGUGUGAGUGAAGAGGCAGCAACUGGGACUGGUUGGGUUGAGAUGGUUGGCAACAUGGCUCUAGUAUCUGUUGCACCAAAUGACCAGGUAUGGGCAGUAGGAAGUGAAGACAGAACAAUUUAUUUCCGCACUGGAGUGCUACCAUCAGAUCCGACUGGACGAAAAUGGCGUGCUAUACAAGCUCCAAUGCAGAUGAGUCGAACAAGCAGCAAUGCUAGCCUUUGGUCAGGUGCAGGAUCAAGCCAUCGAAAUAGUGUGUGUGGCAGUGUUACUGGAGGAGGAGGUGCCAAACAGCGUGUCCGCAGUUGGACUUCUCUGGCUCAGCGUCACAGCAGUUCUGAUACUUGCGGUGUGCUGCGGGAAUGGGAAGAGACAUCCCGUUCUGCACCUACUCCCACAUCACUUAGGUUGCAGCAGCAACAACGUAGCUCAAAUGGCGCCCCUUCUACAGCAACCACGUCCCAGGAUUCUAUUAGUGAAGCUAGCAAUCUCAGGUCUGAAGAUGAUUCAAAUUCUGCUGAUGGAAACAGUGGAAGCUUCAACACAAUUGCAGCAAUCAAAGAACAUACUGAAAAUUCUCCAAGUAGAUUACGUGUGGCAGGAAAAAGUGCUGGUGAUGUGAAGUCAAAUCCUGGAGUUUGGAGUCCUAUUAGAAGUGUAGGUUCUGUGGUUGGAAUGGAAGCACAUCCAGAAUCAGACGGAAGUGUCUUUGAUCCUGACUUAUCUGCUGAUUCUGGAGUGUAUGGUGAUGAUGAUGCAGGUGAAAUGUACUGGUCAGAAUGUGAUGUAGUGUGGUGUAUGGUCGCUGCUGGUGCAUGCACAGUGGAUCCUCAGUGUUUACCAAACUGGUUUGUGGAAAACUUAUCAACAGCUGAUCUUGAACUCUCAAAACCUUGGAGAGUUAGAAUACUACAGGAGCUGAAAAAGAGGGUGCCAGAAGAAUUCAACAAAUAUGAAAAAGCUGUAGACAUAUCAUCUUGGGUGAAAACUGGAGAUGCCAGAUGCAUGUUGAAGGAGACAAACUACCAACUUGAAGACUGUGUACUAGAACUGGAAUGGAUUGGUGGAGAUUUGGGAACAUUGGAGUCUGGAACGUUCACCAUAAUGUCUCCUGAGAAGAACCAAACAAAGAUACAGUUCAGCUUAUCAGAGAUAACAUGCAUAGCAUGCUGCAGUGAGCCUGCUCAACCACGAAUAGUGAUACACACUCCUGGUUUAACCAAAAGCUUAGCCGUUGUCAAACUGCAGUUCUGUGGUGAUACCGACAUGGAGGACUGGAUGGCAAAUCUAACAUAUGUGUGCUGUCAAGCAAAUGGAGUCCAUGGUGCACCAAGUCCAGGGUCAAUAUGGGCAAUAACAGGGCUUGGUGAUAUAUUUGUUUUUGAUCCAAUUAAUUUAGAGGCAGCCCAGCAAAAGGAUGAUUUCUAUGUGCAAGAAAUCGAUAUUACUGGACGAGGUUUGCCGUAUGAAGCACAGCUACACAAUGGUUUUUGCCCAGGUUCAGAACUCAUUGUGACAGGAUGUGUGCAUGACAAAGCAGACAGGUUUGCUGUUAAUUUGCAGUAUUUGUCAUUAGCUGUGCGUCACAAAGCAGAUCUAGAGGCCAAGGACAUUGCAUUCCAUUUCAAUCCUCGUUUCUCACCAGAUGUAGUUGUGAGAAAUUCAUACUUGGCUGGUUCAUGGGGAGAAGAGGAAAGAGAAGGAGCAAAUCCCUUUAGACAAGGAGCAGAAUUUACCAUUACAAUAAUUUGUUGUGAAGAUGAGUACAAGGUUCAUGUAAAUGGGCAACAUUAUGUCACAUAUACUCAUCGGCAAAAACCACAUUUCAUCACCCACCUUUACAUACAUGGUGAUGUCUCACUAACUAAAUUUGUAUACAAAUCCAAAAAGGUGAUUAUAGAUCCAUUGGAGAUGUACUGGAGGCAGAUGGGUGGUCAUCUGCGUCGUGUUGAAACAUGUGCCGCUGGGGUAACAUGGGGUGUUGGCUACGACAAUACAGCAUGGGUCUACACUGGUGGCUGGGGAGGAUCUUUCCUCAAAGGUCUGGAAACAAGCAGUUCGGGUAUCAAUCCUAUGGCAGAUACUCACUGCUUCUAUGUUUAUGAAAACCAACGCUGGAACCCUCUCACUGGAUACACUUCUCAUGGGCUACCAACCGACCGAUAUAUGUGGAGUGAUAGUACAGGAAAACAUAAGCGAACGAGAGAGAAGACAAAAUUGCUGUCCAUGCAUUGGCAGUGGGUUUCAGAGUGGAGUAUUGACUACCACACUCCCGGAGGAGUAGAUAAGGAAGGGUGGCAGUAUGCUGUUGACUUUCCUUCUACCUACCACGGUCAGAAACAUUUCACGGACUAUGUACGUCGGCGUAGGUGGGUGCGGAAAUGUCGGUUUUCAACAAGUGGUCCUUGGCAAGAGCUAGGAAAUACAAAACUUGUUGAUAUCUCACUGCAGGACAGUGGAAAAAUUGGUAGUGACCAUUUGAUUCAUGUUUGGGCUGUUGCUGCAAAUGGUGAUGCCGUUUACAGGAGAGGUGUGUCUCAGUCCUCUCCAUCUGGCACUUCUUGGGAGCAUGUACCAAGUGAUUAUCCUCUGGUUAGUAUCAGUUGUGGUCCUAGAGGCCAGGUUUGGGCAGUUGGGAGGAAUGGCUCUGCAUACUGGCGUUUUGGGAUCACUGACAGUAAUCCUACAGGUGCAGUGUGGGAAAGUGUUGAGCCUCCAGUUGGCAAAGUCUUGAAACAAAUAUCUGUUGGCUCUUAUGCAGUAUGGGCUCUUGAUUCUCAAGGGCAGUUGUCUUUAAGACGUGAAGUCACUCCUGUGUUCCCUGAAGGAACACAUUGGCAGACUCUGCCAACAUCUGCAAAUGAUGCAGCUACUCAGGACAGAAUAGCCUCUGGAAGUACAAGUAGUGCAUCAACAUCGGGUUUCCGCCAUGUGUCAGCUGGAAGGGCAGAUGGUGAGGUGUGGGCCAUAACAGCUUCAGGAGUUGUAUCACGCAGAUAUGGUGUUACUCCAGAAAACCCUGCAGGGACUGGAUGGGUGCAUGGCAUUGUGGGAAACUGGCAGCAUGUCAGUGCUCGUGGUCUUAAUGCCGCAUCAUUAAUGGACAAAUAAAAAUAAAAUUUGUUAGUGGAGGAGAAGUUCACAAAGAUACUUGAGUCGGCAAGGUCUUUGCACAUAAUAGAAAUUUUAUAGGUGCAUAGUGUUUGCUUAUUUUACUAAUUCAGGAAAUUUUAUCUUAUAUGUAGUUAAAACUGGGCUUGCAAAUUUAGACUUGCAGACUUUUCAUUGCACAAAUGGGAAGAGUGUGAAUAUUGGCAGAUAAGUUUAUUGAUUUAGCAGCAGUGAAGAAAAUUAUGGAAUGAUGUGAAAUGAAAAGUGAAAAAUGCUCUAUUAUUCAUAAUUUUGUUUUAUUUUACCUAUGCGUGCACAGGAAGCUCGUUAAUUGUAAGUUUAAAACUGUUGAUUUGGUGAUAGUUGUCUGUUAUGGUAGACAAUGUUUUUUUUUGGUGAACUGAACUGGAGUGGUGAAAGGAAAGAAAAGGGGAAAAAAGGCAAAAAUGGAAUCUAGUGUAAAUGUUGCAUCAGCAGGAAACAAAGGGUAGAGAUCAGAGGACUUCAAAAGAAGAAAAGUAGGGUUUAAAAUAAAAAUUGUAUGAGAAGUUGGUAGCAUAUUAAUAAAUUCCUUUUUUUGGUAGUUGAUAUUUUUAUCAUAAAAGAGGUGCAAAGCUAAGUAUUAUGAUCAUCAUCUUAUGAUCUCCCAUGACUGUCUUUUUGCCAGUGGUGCAUUCUAAGCCACAUACUAUUUUUAUUGUGCUGCUGUUAUGCAGUAUCUUUUCAAAUUACAAAUGUGAUAUUAAUAAACCAUUAUUUAUGGGCUUCAUUGCCCCUCCUCUCAGUUAUUAUGUUAUUGUAUUAUUUAUGUAAAUAUAAGAGGUUUAAAGUAUAUUCAGUGAGGAUCUCAGUGCAGCACUGAGGAUUUGUUGAAAGGCCAUGAUGCAAAUCACAACAUUGAUAAAUAUACUGUAGUAACAAUGCAAGAGAACUGCCAUAGAUGUAUUAUAGGACUGCUAUUUCAUGUACAUAAAUUCUCAGAUUCCAUCAAAAUGGCCACUUGUUCCUUUUUAGUAUGCAUGUUGACAUAAAAUUUUAUUUUUACUUAGCAUUUUGUUUAUAGUAUUUAAUUUUAAUUUUUUUGUGUUAUUGGGGUUCCUGUAAAGCUUGUUAUGUUGAGUGCUUGAAUAUCAUGCUCAUUAAAAAAACGACUUAAUGAUUAUAGUGAGGGAGCUAUUAAGAUUGCUGAUGAAUGAAAUUAAAGUGACCAUGUUACACAAUUGUGUUGCAUAUUGUUUGUACAAUGAAUCUAAUUAUUUUUUUCUUUCUGUGUGUUAUAGACAAAAAUAACAUUGAACUAAAUUUCCUGCUCUGUUUUUGUUUGAGAAGUUGUGAAUGGUUUGCAAUUUUAUGUGGCAAGCAAUUUUUAAGAAAAUUUGAUGUUUUUCUAUAGCAGCUAGAAACAUCGUCUGAAUUGUUAGUGUGUCUCUGCUAAGGAAAAUGAGGUUUUUGUUUAAAAUACAGCCUGAAUAAUAUAUGAAGUACACUGAACAUCUCCAUCAUGUACAAAUGUCCACAGCAUAUAUUUAUAAGCUAAUCUAGAACUACACAGUAGUUCCUAAUAUAAAUGUUUUAUAUGAUGUUUUCAUGUGACUGUGAGUAGCUUUUUAUACUGAAAUAUUGACCCAGAACAUCACAUACAUUGUAAGGACUGCCAUUUAAAGCAGUUAUUUGUUGGUCUUAGGAAUUUGUAGCUGCAGUGCAUAGCAAGUUCUGAUUUCCUAUAAUGGAACUGUGAUAAUAUUUUUGUACUUGUGUUUAAAGUGUUUUAUGGCCCCUUGUGUUGUAACUUGAAAGCAUGAUAUCAUAAUGCAUGAACAUGUAUAUCAUAUGUAAAUUGUGUGUGUUGCUAAUUUAUUUCUAGUCAUACCUGUGAUAGUUCAUUUUACCACAUGAUGGUGGCACUCAAUAUGAAAAAUAACUAUGUAAUUUGAAAAGGUUCUAAUUCUCCCUUUAUUGUGAUACUUGAAAGGAGUUAUCUGCUUCAGACUUUUAUACAGAAAUUAUUUGCCUUAUAUUAAACAUCUCAAUAGUAGUCUUUUGUACUGUAGUGGUACAGGUCAAGUGCAUAGAUUUCAUGAUUGUUGCAGUUUCUUUUGACACUUUUUUUUGUAAAAAUCUUAGUACAUUCCAGAAAACAAAAAAAUCUUACCUUGUAUCAGAAAUUUUUUUAUGUACAUUUUAAUAAUUUCUAACUGGUACAUUGCAUACAGGAUGACUACCAUGCUAAGCCAACUGUUAAUUUUCGAAUUAUAAGUUGCAAAUAUGUAGCUUUUUAUUUGAAGUUUUAAUCUUUUGUUGUACAGUUAUUCAUAAAAGUGUUACAUUUAGUAUGAGGAGAUAUUUGUCAGCACUAAAACUUUCAUUUUCAAUUAUGUAAACAGAAUGUUUUGUAGUAAAUGUUUCAGAAUAUUUGUCGCAUUAACGUCAGAGAUAUUAAAGAAAAAAGUCUUACCCAGAAAACACAUAUAACUAUGCGAAUAGGCUACUUUGCUUGCAGAAUGUUAUCCACAGCCUGAAACAGUUAAAUUUUAAGUGUAAGAUACAACUUUAGAACCAUUUGUAUUUAAUGGGAUUCUACAUUUGGUACUUGCAAUUGUAGAAUCUUCUCAGCCACAAAAGAGAGAUUCAGCCAUUUGUGUUCUAGUAGUUUAAAUGAAUUUAUUUGAAGUGCCGGAGCUGUUAACUUCAUAGACAUUUUAUGAGAAUAUUUUGGUACUAAUUAAUUCAAAUGAUUAAUACUGUGUGCUUAUUUACAACUGAACAUAAACAGUAUUUAACACUUCAAAAUUCUGUGAGGACUGUUAGAUGUACUGAGCACUAUGGAACUUCUUGCACAUUCCAUAAGCCACAGGAAACUACAGUGGUAUGCUUAACUUAUUUUGUCUGCACAAAUAAAAACUUCAUCAUUGAGUAUAAUUAUGGUUACUGAAGGAAGAAUUCAUUUACCAAUUGUACCUUAAAUACUAUGCAAGAUGUGCUAUGUUCUUAAGUAAAUAAAUUAUACUUUUAAUUCAAAACAGAA